AUGAGGGAACCUUGGGUUCGACAGUCCUAUCUAAUAUUAGCUUUACUCAUAAGCAGCACAUUAGCACAAGUUCAACAGUCUCCGAACAAUGUUCAAAAUCAGAAUGUAGGGGCUCCAGAAGGAGCAUCGUUAUUCACUGGGACUGGAACCAACCCAUACUAUGGAGAUAAUUUGGUUCCCUUUGGUCCUGAAGUAGGUGAUCUUGAGGUGAAUCCCGGCCUACUCACAGGUGGUCAAACGAUUGACCUGCACAUGUUCUUCCCUUUCUAUGGAGGACUUUAUAACUACACCUCUAUUUCGGUUAACGGGCACAUUGCUUUUGCCACAGUCAUGGACCAGGGGCCAACUAUUAAUGUCGGUCCUGAUAUGACAGAUUGGCCCAGGCUUCAAGAUCCAGCUAUGAUAGCUCCAUAUUUGUGUAAACAACAGAUUCCUCAAGAUGGUAAUCCUGGACUGCGAUCAGGAGUUUUUUAUCGUCUCAUGAUGAGGCAAUCCUUGUUUGGAAGGGGAUCAAACAAUAACCUAAACUACGGAUCUAUCCAGCCUUCCUCAUUCUUUCAGCAAUCAGCUCAACUUGCUUGCAAGGGAGCAGCAGACAAAUAUGUAAGAUGUGAUUCCAAUUCUGAUUACUUUUUGGAUGAAAUGAUGAGACUUCUACAAGAUGGAGUCGUGGGAGCUUCAGCAUUCCGAGCAGAUGCUGCUUUAGUUGUUACAUGGUACAAUACUGCUUCAGCGAUUUCUGGUCGAUCUGAUAUUGAUGUUGGACAGUUGGCCACUUAUCAGCUUGUUUGGUUAACUGACGAGGCUGCAAGAUUGAGUUAUGUUAUCUUGAACUACAACAAACUUGGUUUCGAUGCUGCAGACUUCCGAGCAAACUCAAGAAGUGGUAGAUGUCAGGCACUUUUCAAUGGAGGAAACCAUACAGGAACUGUACCUGUUGAUCCCACCCAAAUGUACAAAAACACACCAAAAGUACUUGCUCAGAGAUCAGCACUUCCUCAUUGGGGCAGAGGACGUUAUGUUUUCCGUGUUGAUGACGUAGUUAGACCCGGAGGUUGCAGUAACAAAACCGGAGGAACAUAUCCUAUGCUGAUUUAUCCAAAUAUCGUUAACAUGCUUGGAGAAAUGACUGUUGAUGUAAAUGCUAUUUGUCUUGAUAGCACCCAAACAUACGUAUUGAUGAUUGAACAACGUCAAGCGGCCUCUUGCAUAGUGCUCAACCCAUCAAUUGCUCGUUGUCAUUUACCAAAAAUUUACGAUUGGGGAACCAAGACUGUCUAUUUCCAACCUCAGAAUGGUGGGGCAAACGAUGAAAAAGCCUUCGUUGGAUACAUCUACUUCGUUCCUCCAACAUUAGAUCCAAUGAGGCUGGAUAUCGGAAAUGUAUACGAUUGGUUCAAAAAUCCUGUUCCAUAUAGCGUCAUGCCUUUAACUUGGUAUCCUCGUAAUUUCACAAAUCCUGACUUCAUGACCCAUACUCAGUCAAUGAGAUUGGGAGACGACUCCAUUUACAGUGUACAACUGGGAUUGUAUGUAGUUGGAUACAGAGAGUUCAAAGACGACGGAAUCAAAAAGUUCAGACCUGAACAUCGUGUGCUUUGUCGCCUUGCUACUUAUAGUAAUCGCAACACCUAUGAGUAUCGGUGGAAGCCUCAAGAAGAACGCAUCAACUUGUAUCAAGUUGAACAAUGGUACCUGAAUGAUUGGCAACGAAUGAACGAUCUCUUCAACUACAGAUUUGGAUAUCUGAAGUUGGCGCCCAUUAAGCCUAACAGUGAUACAACACUUAACAGCCAGCCAACUCUUCUGUCAGGAUUGGUCUCUGCUCCAAUUUCACUUCAUUGGCUUUGGACUACUGAUAACCCGAAGUUCCGAGGAACUACUUUCAACGCAAACGACGAAUCUACUCGAGUUGAUUUCGUAAAGAAGAAGUCUUUGGAAAUGUGCCACGAUUGGUAUAACGAAGAUGGAGCUCAAUGGAACUUCAUUCGCGAUACUGAAACCAACUCAUCUUGUCCUUGCACUGAACGUCAAGCCAUUGCUGAUCUCGGUCGCUUCAUGCCUCACCCUCGUUGUUCUCAAGCUUUCCGUGACGUCACUUGUACGACAGCUAUUGGAGCUCGAAAUUGCUACAUGUCAGCACAAAACGUUUAUGGAUCUUACGCUGGUAAUGGUAGACAUUUCUCCAGCGAGAACACAGCACGUUUCCCAACCCAUUAUGGUCAAGUCUGUUGCUACGACGACGUCGGACAUUUGAUGCAAACGAGUUAUCAACCUGUCAUCAAGGUAACACCGGAAGUUCCUUAUAAUCCUGGUUUCCCAAUGCGAGCUUAUGAGUUCGGAACAUCGCCGUACAUGGGGCAGUAUGAAGUACCUGGCUUAUCGGCGUUCCACAAUGAUUACAUGCCUUAUUUCCUUUGCUGUAAAUUUGCUGAUUUCCGUUGUCAAAUGUUUUACUGGAGGAGACCAUCCAGUGGUUGUCAAGAGUAUCAGCCUCCAGCUUAUGGUGAGGGAAUGGGUGCUGGAACAUUCAACACUAUUGACAAUGACAAGUUUGUGUUCAAUGAACCAGGAGUAUUCAAUUACUUAUACAUCCCACAAACACAAAUUUCACCUGAAGUCAAAGUUCAAGUUAGAAUUGAACGAUAUCCAAAUCGUCGAGUAGAUUUCAGUUUGCUCGGACGCUAUAUGGGCCAAUCUGAUUUAGUCCAACCAACAAACGUAACAGUUAUAACUGGUGUAGCUCUUGAAGCCACUGGAACUGACAGAGUUCAUAUUCUGGCAAGGAAAGAUACUCGUCGCUUCCGUUAUCGAACCAGUAUCAUAGUCGGCAACAUCCUCCGUUAUUUCGAUACAAUGCGAAUUCAAAGAUUCAAAGGUGUCUUGGUUUACGUGAAUAACGUUGAAAGAGGUCAACCGGAAAUCUAUGCUGUUUUGGAAGAAGCCCAAAUCGGUAUCAGAGUUCGCGAAUCUUAUGCUUUGGAUAUUGAUCGACUUUCGAACUAUCAAGAAAGUAUGGGAUUACUCAAUGUCGCUCUGAGUGUUCCUCCUCAAUAUGGAGUUAGACCUGAUGGAGAUAAAACUCGUGAAGUAGAAUCGCGACAACGCUAUAACCUCCCUAGAGUUACUGGGUUGAUGCGUCCAUUCCCUGACCAAACAUCCAAUAGUUACAUGCAAUCUCUGACUAUCAACGACGUUAACUCUGAGCAGUAUCGUCAGCAAAUUAUCAAUAUGUAUCGCGUUCAAGGCUCUGGAGAAUCUGGUAGUGAACAAUCACUCUCCGCAUCCAAUAACCAAGGCCUUCCAACUGAUAACAUGUUCACAACUAGUAGAGAUGAAGAUAAGAAAUUCGAGGUGUUCCCCGAAGCGGCUAUGAAGAGUGGUCCAAUUUACCAGACAGCGCCUAAGUACCACACUGGAAUCUGGAGAUUCUAUCCCAUAACAGGAAUGUCUCUGAACCAAAAGCUCCAGAACUGUCGUGACCUUCAAACACAACCUAACAUUAACCAACAACCACUCCAAUCACAACUCACGGAAUCCUACGGAAUGUCUCAAUGUCCAGAUAAUCCAGGAGCAAUCAUAACAGAAUGUGGAGACAGUGUUUCUUGCGAAUUUGAUUACACCACUUUGAACUCACGGGUUCUUGGAACCUCCAUCAAAGACCAAUGGAACAUUUUCACAACAGAGCGAAUGGAUGCGACCCGAUCAUAUAACAGUUGUGGUCCUAUCAAUAUAGAAUACCCAGAAUAUCUUAUGAAAACGUCGGCCAUGUACUCUGCUUAUCUGAGUGGAGAUGUAGCUCGCUUCGAAUGCUUCCAAUCUCACUGGAUUAAAGGAACUCAUGAGUACAAAUGCGGAAUCGUUGUGGAUAGAAACCGUCCAAAUGAAUACAGAUUCGAAUGGAACAAGGGAGAUCAACCAUGGUGCAGAUCUCGUGAAAAAGAGAAUUUCCUCACUUGGCUGGCUGCCAUUCUUGGCACCUUAGGAGUUAUAUUGGCAAUCAUGUUCAUUUUCUUGUGUUGUUGGUGUAUGAAAGUUCAACGGAAAGCGGAGAUGGAGAAAAACAACUCUAGCAAUUCGAACAAUUCCAUUCUCGACAAGAGUUCCUAUAAAAGAGAUCAAAUGCUGUUUGAAAACGAACCACUUCAAGAAAAGGAUACAUACCGAACAACAAAUCUCGAAGAUGAUGCCUACACCCCGACAAGAAACAACAGAGCUAGAAAUUCUCAACUGUCGACUCCUGAUCCUCGUUCCUUUGGUUAUCAAACAAGCAUAUAA